AUGGCUAAUGAAUUAAAAGUAUUGGAAGCCAACAACAUUUGGUCUUCAUUCCUCUUCCUCCAAGGCAACAUUCUAUUGGAUGCAAUCAACGUACUUUUUACUCUUACUGCUUCUCCUAAUUGGCCAUUAGUUCAACUUUAUGUGAAUAAUGCCUUUUUGUACGGUGAUUUAGUAAAGGAAGUUUACAUGGAUUUGCCUCUUGGCUACAAGCAUGAUCAUUUGCUUGAAGAUACUGGUUUUCUAUCUGCCAAACCAUAUUCCUUGCCAUUAGAUCCUAAUCUUAAAGUUCGAUCGGACCAAGGUGAUUCAUUGGUUGCUUGGAAGGCAAAGAAACAAACUACAGUCUCACGUUCUUCUGCUAAAGCUGAAUAUCGAGCCUUGGCUAUCACCACAAAUGAAAUCGUGUGGAUUCUUCAACUUCUUAAAGACCUUCAAGUUUCUUCUUUUGUUCCUGCUCUUAUAUUUUAUGAUAAUCAAUCUGUUGUUCAUAUUGCAUCUGAUCUAAUUUUUCAUGAGCGGACGAAGCAUAUUGAGAUCGAUUGUCAUUUUAUUCGCGAAUGUCUUACUCAAGCUUCUUCCUGUUCGUUCUAA